AUGCUGCUCCGAGCGACGCGGUGUGCGCGCGCAACGCGGCGCCUCUCGACGACGGUCGAUGCGUACGCUGUCGGCUCGACGACGCACGGCUUCAAGGUUCUGCGCAAGGAAGCGAUUCCCGAGUACUCUAUCACUGCGAUCCAGCUGCAGCACGAAGCGACCAAGGCCGACUACUUGCACAUUGACAGCGUCGACAGCAACAACGUCUUUAGCGUCAACUUUCGCACGCCGCCCACGUCGUCGAAUGGCAUUGCGCACAUUCUCGAGCACCUCGUGCUCUGCGGCUCCAAGCAGUACCCGGUCCGUGACCCGUUCUUCAACAUGCUCAAGCGCAGUCUCAACAACUUUAUGAACGCGAUGACGGGCGCCGACCACACCAUGUACCCGUUCGCGACGACCAACCGCACCGACUUUGACAACCUCCUGCGUGUCUAUUUGGACGCGACCUUUUUCCCGCGGCUUCGAGAACUGGACUUUCUCCAGGAAGGCCACCGUCUCGCGCUCGACGAGACGACGGGCCGGCUGCAGUACAAGGGUGUCGUGUUUAAUGAGAUGAAGGGCACGCUCUCGGACAGCGACACGCUCUUUGCGACGCGCUUGCAGCAGCACGUGAUGCCGACGGACAGCGUGUACGCCCACGUGAGCGGCGGCGACCCGGCGGUCAUUCCGUCGCUGACCCAUGACGAGCUCAAGGCCUUCCAUGGUACGCACUACCACCCGUCAAAUGCGCUCUUCUACUCGUACGGCAACUUUCCGUUGUCGGACCAUCUCGCCUACAUCAACGAGAACGUCCUCUCGCAGUUUGAAGCGGCAGCGGCCGUCAAAAUUGCGCCGUCGAUUGUGAAGCCGCCGCUUGUGGCCGCGCCGCUGGUGCAGCUCGAAGGGCCGGACGAUGGCGUGAGCGGCGACGCGGCCGCGCAGACCAAGUGGGUUCAAGCCCACGUGCUGCCGAAUGUACUUUCGACCGACAUUUACACGUGCCUCGUGCUGCGUAUUGUGUCGUUUUUGUUGCUGCAUGGACCGUCGGCGCCGUUGUACAAGGCGUUGAUCCUCUCGGAGCUCGCGAUCGACUUUGCCACGGGCACGGGCGUCGACACGUCGUCGGUCAACCCCGUCUUUGGGAUCGGCGUCGAAGGCUUUGACAAGGCCAAGUUGCCCGAGAUCCAAGCGACGAUCGCGCGCGUCUUGGACGAGGUCGACCGUGAUGGGUUUGACGUGGACCGUAUCGAUGCCAUGCUUCACCAGAUUGAGCUCAGCCAAAAACACAUUGUUGGCAAGUUUGGCAUGACGCUCUUGCGCGGCGCGGCGUCGACGUGGUGCCACGACGGCGAUAUGAUUGCCGCGCUCGGUAUCAAUCCGUACCUCGCUCGGCUUCAGCGCGACAUGGAAUUGAACCCCCGCUUUCUUCAAGAUGCGCUUCGCACGUACAUGAUUGCGCCCAUGCAAACGACAGCGCCCAUCCAGGUGCUCAUGGAGCCGUCGACCGACUUUGUGCAGAAAAUGGAAGCCAACGAAGCCGCGACGCUCGAGGCCCUUCAAGCCCGUUUGUCGCCAGAUGAGUUGGCCCGCAUUCAAGCAACAACCCUUGAGCUGCAGGCCCACCAAAACCAGGUGCCGGACGUCGACUGCCUCCCGACGUUGACGCUGCACGACAUUCCGCUGCAGCAUCCCAAGCUAACGACCGAGAUGCGUGGCGCGAACGUUCAAUUCGUACCGCAGUCGACCAACGAACUCACGUACUUUCGGCUCAAGUUUGACACGUCGCGGGUGCCGACCGAGCUCAAGCCGUACUUGCCAUUCUUUGCGUCUGUGCUCGGCCAGCUCGGCACGAGCCAGCUCUCGUUCCAAGACCUCGCGACCACCGUUCAGUCGAUCAGCGGCGGUGUCUCGGCCUCGACCUUGCUCUUCGGUCUCACGGCGGUCUCGACGCCCUACGAACAGUUGCACGGUCUCACGGCGAUUGAUGCGAUGCAAGCGUGGCUCAAGGCCACCGAAGAGGACCCGGCGAUGCUGCUCCAGUUUGCAUCGGCGCUGAGUGCGCUCGCCCAGCACAUUUUCCAGUCGGAAACCAUGCGUCUCUCGGUGGUCACUGAACCACAUCUGAUGACGGCGAUCGAAGCUUCGAUUGCGGGAUCGCUCGUCGCCCACCUCCCGCGCGCGAGCGAGGUUGCGCCGGUGACGCCCGUGUUUCCCCCGACGCAGCUGCCCGAAGCGACGCCCAAUGCGUUUUUUGGGUACCCCCUCUCGGUCAACUUUAACGUGCAAGCGAUUCCGACGGUGCCGCUUUUCCACGCCGACCAUGUGCCGUUGACGGUCCUGGCGCAGGUGCUCUCGUCGUGCUACCUGCAUCAGCACGUACGCGAAAAGGGCGGUGCGUACGGUGCUGGCGCGUCGCAGGGCGAAGGUGUGUUUCAGAUGAGCUCGUAUUACGACCCACACACGCUCCAGACGCUCGAGGCGUACGAUGGCGCGGCCACGUUUGCGGCGACCGGCGCCUUCUCGCACCGCGACGUUGACGAAGCGCUUCUCGGUCUCUUUUCCUCGAUUGACGCGCCCCAAGCCCCGUCGGCCAAGGGCAAAGGGCUCUUCACGCGCGGUUUUACGCACGAGAUGCUGCAAGCGCGCCGCACGCAACUCCUCGCAACGACCAAGGACGAUAUUGUCCGCGUGGCGCAGACCUACUUGGCGUCACCGACGACCAUGCAGCGGGUGAUUGUCGGCAAGGACGAUGGCCGGGACGCGCUUCGCAGUGCCGGAUUUACGUGCAACUAG